AUGCAGCUCCUCAACCUCCUCUUCGCCAGUGCCUCGCUGGCCACCCUCGCAAGCGGCGCCGUCACCAGACGUCAAGACAGCGAUGGCUCGGGCUUCGCGCAAGGCCAGCCCAUCUCCGCCGACGGCAAAGGCGGGCCGCUGUUGGGCGGCACCAAUAAGCAGGUCGACCUGGACAACCCGAGCAAUCUGGGUUCUGCAUCGACCGACAACGGCGUGGUGCCGAACCUGAAGUGGCGCUUCUCCGACUCGCACGUCAAGCUCAGCAACGGCGGCUGGACGCGCGAGCAGGUCGUCACCGACCUGCCGUCCAGCCGCGACAUCGCCGCCGCGCAGCAGCACCUGCGCAAGGGGUCGAUUCGCGAGUUGCACUGGCAUCGUGUCGCUGAAUGGGGCUGGGUCUACGCGGGCCGCGUGCUCGUCUCCGCCGUCGACGAAGAAGGCCGCUACACCGCCUCCAUCCUCAACGUCGGCGACGUGUGGUACUUCCCGAAAGGCGCCGCGCACACGGUGCAGGGGCUGGACGACGAGAACGAAUAUCUCCUCGUCUUCGACGACGGCGACUUCGACAAGAUCGGCACGACCUUCAUGGUCGACGACUGGCUGGCGCACACGCCGCGCGACGUCGUGGCCAAAAACUUCGGCGUCGACCCCAGCGUCUUCGACGGCCUGCCGCAGACGGACCCGUACAUCCUCAAGGCUAACGUCUCGGAGCGCAAUGUCACCGGCGCCCCCGCCGAGGACUACCUUACCGGUGAGAAUUCGUAUGUGUACUUUGCGAGCCAGCACGAGACGGAGCCGGUGCCGGGCGAGGGCGGCACGUUUAGGAAGGUGGAUUCGACGACGUUUCCGAUUGCGAAGACGAUUUCGGCGGCGUUUGUGACGCUUGAGCCGAAGGGGCUGAGGGAGCUGCACUGGCAUCCUAAUGCUGAGGAGUGGCUGUACUUCCACAAGGGCCAAGCUCGUGCUUCGGUGUUCAUUGGCAAUGCCGCUUCCAGGACCUUCGACUUCAGCGCAGGCGACACGGCUGUCUUCCCUGACAACAGCGGUCACUACAUCGAAAACACAUCUGAGACGGAGACUCUUGAAUGGGUUGAGAUCUACAAAAGUGAUCGCGUUGCCGAUAUUUCUCUCACGCAGUGGCUGGCAUUGACGCCGCCGGAUGUUGUUGCCAGUGUCCUGAAGGUGCCGAUUGAAUUCGUCGACAAGCUUAAGAAGGAGAAGCAGGUCUUGGUCAAGGGCAACUAA